AUGUAUAUUUUCAAGUAAGGAUUAAGAUUUUCAUCACAGAAAUCAUAUGAUUACUUAUAUGGCAUAAAUCCAGUUAUGUCUGCAUUAUAUGCUAACAAAAGAUAGUUUACCUAACUUUAUGUUAAUUAAACAUAAUAAAGUAUGAUGCCAUCAUAUAAUUAGAGAUGAUUAUAUUAAUCCAAGAAUUUCAAAUAUUCUUAAUAGAGCUUAAUAAUUAAAAUUAGAUGUUUAAAUGAUUCCUAAAGUAUAUUAUAAGUUUAAAAAGUUUAGAAUAAACUGGAAAGAUAUUGCAGCAAUGACCACCAUUAAAAUGUUAUUUUGAAAUGUUCAAAAUUAAAUUAUUGCAAUCAAUUAUCUGAUGAACCCAAUUUUGUUCUUUUAGAUUCUGUUUAAGAUCCCUAAAAUUUUGGAGCAAUUUUAAGAGUAUGCUUUUUUUUAGGAAUUAACACUGUCAUUGUUGAAAAAAAAGGAUAAUGCCCUUUAUCACCAACAGUAAGUAAAACAAGUGCAGGUGCUCUUGAAAUGAUGAAUAUUUUUGAAACUGAUAAUUUGUGUAAUUUUGUUAAACAGAGAAAACAUGAAUUUUAAGUAAUUGGAAGUGGUUUUGAAAGCAAUAGUGUAUUAUUCAAUUAUAAUUUUUGAGAUUCCAAUAGAAGAAUUUUAGAAAGAUUAAAAAAAGGCAAAAAAAAUAAUAAUUUUUGGAUCUGAAAGUUCAGGAAUUAGAACAGAAUUAUUUAAGUAAUGUGACACGAUUGUAAAUAUAAUGACAAAUAGACAUACUUUUCCAGAAACUUUAGUAGACUCUUUAAAUGUAAGUGUAUCAGCUGGAAUCAUUUUAUAAUAAGUGUUGAAUAGUAAAUGAGU